AUGGUUUCUGACGCGGUAUUAGACACGGGACACUCGGCUCCUAUCACGGAUACCGCGGUGGAUGCGUCCGGGAAGCGGCUUGCAUCAUGCGGUGAAGAUGGCGUGAUUCGCGUAUUUGCCUUAAAUAACGAGUCAGCAGAGAAAUGGGAUCUCCUAGCUGUGUUGGAGGGUCAUACCGGGACCGUCGUGUGUGUGGCUUGGGCACCACCCGCGCACUACGCGUCGACGCUGCUCUCGUGCGGGGAGGACUCCCAGGUAAUUCUUUGGAGCGACUUUGGUGAAUCGCAGGGAUGGGCAAAGGUCUACUUUGCGACAAUUGCGUCCGUGCCUUGGUGUGCGGCGUGGGCACCACCCGAGUACGGGAAAAUGUUCACCGUUGGCUGUGCGAGUGGAUCCGUCGUGACGUUCCUUGGGCAAGGCCAGCAGUGGAGCCACACCGAGUUCACUGCUCACCCGAAUGGCUGCUCCUCCCUGUCUUGGGGGCCCUCGCUGCCCCCUGGCAUGCUCCUGAUGGCGCCACUGGAGAGCGAGUUGACCGGGGCUGCUGCACUUCAGCCAGGUGGGAUGCCGCUCGCCCCGCCACGCAUUGUCACUUGCGGAGGCGAUAGAAGCGUUACCGUCUGGACCCGCAGCGGAGAAGAGUGGAAGCCACAAGAGCUUCCACUAGGGGUAGAGGCGUCUUGGCGGGAGGUGGCGUGGGCACCAGGGGUGGGCAUGCCUUUUACGUACAUCGCAGCCGGAUCUGACGAAGGGUUUGUGGUGGUGUGGUCGCAGGACGGUGCGGCGCGCGGGGAAUGGAACCGCAUGCUGCUGCCGCAGCAGGAGGAUGCUGUGACGAAGCUUUCCUGGUCGUUUGUGGGCACAUUUCUGCUUGUGUCGUGUGCGAAUGGGACGGCCAGCAUGUGGCGGGAGUGCGCCUCCUCGCAGGGGUGGGAGCGGGCCUGUGAACUCCUUCCGCCCGGGAAAUAG